AUUACGCAUCGUAAGGUAAACAAUAAUACAUGCAAUGAAACAUUUCUUCUUUAGCGAUGUAUCCAAUAAAAAUGCUUAGAGUGUUGCGGACAGAUGACCUCCUAAACCUAGAGCGGAGUUGGGCUGAGUUGGGCAUGGCUUCGCUUCUUUUGCGUUAUACUGGCAACACUUCCAAACUUAUUAAUCAUUAAUGACCGACUGCUCUUAGGUUUGCGGAACCGCAGGUCUGCUUCCUCUUCCAACUUAUCUCCGAAUUCUGCGGAAAGUUGGGAAAUGAAAAAAAUCAUGUCUCCUCUCAUGGCCGGUAAAGGGAGCUCCUCGGAACUAACCAAGCACACCGUUGUGACAUCUUCUACUGAGGUUGGCGCGACUAGUCCCAUAAUUACUCGUACUACAAGCCAUUUAGAUACCAAAUCAACACCUAUUCAAGUCACUCAUGCCAUGGAAACAGCUAGGAAAGUAAGGUCUAGGAUCGUGCACGAGUUUGGAGACGUUGAGGAUGUGCACCUCGAGCGAAUUAAUCUGCAGUAUUAUAUAAAAUACAUUGCUGAUCGGCGUAGGACACAUAUACCCAAGCGGGGAAGUCAGUGGGAUCAAGUGCUAAAGGAGGCUGAAUUCUUUGGCCUUCAAAUCGACGAGUUCACUUUGGCUGUUGAAGACUUCAUUGUCGAUAGUACGACAGUACGAGAUACCGCAUUGGCAAGCUGCUAUCUUCUACUCGAGCUUGGCUGCGACCAAGCGCAAGCUUUGGAACCAACUUUCAAUACCCUAUACGAACUUGGACAGCUUCUUGCAAACACACUUGAACUUCGGUCCCUAUUCACCCUGAGUGAUGGAAUCGCGAAUUCUUUAGGCGAAAUUGUCGUGUGCCUUGUGCGUCUUCUUGGUGAUAUAACAGUCUUUUAUCACCAGCGGGUUAGUCGACUCUCCCAAACAUCUAGGACUAUCCAGUUCGAUCUUGAAUUUGGAAACCAAUUAGAAGAAAUAUGUUCCAAGAGGGUACAGCUUAUCAACACGAUAUGGAGCUAUAAGCUAGGAAGUGCUCACACAGGGAACGAUGUCGCGUUACUCCAUCGAGACUUGGGCUCGACCCGAGCUCAUAUAAAGUCAUACCUCUAUGGCCGCAUCCAAGAAAAGAAACGCCGCACGGAAGGAACAUGUGAAUGGCUCGAGGAUGAUCUUUUCGACUUCCUUGAAAAUGGCGAGAAAAUUCUCGCCGUCACGGGUAUUGCCGGAUGUGGAAAGAGUAUGCUGGCGGGUUGGGUACGCGAUCAAUUGGAGAGACCAAUUGGCUAUUCGAAACAAAAGCAUAGGACAAUAUCGUUUCAAUUCGCCAUCGACCACAAGGAGAAGUCAACUAUCAUAGCCUUCCUGAAGAGCGUGCUAUCCCAGUUACUUGAGAUUAGCAUUGGCGAUAGCAAUCUUUUCAACAACCUUUCCUCCGCCGUGAAGAAAUUUGGAGAGGAUAAUAACAAGGAAGAAUUCACUAAUCAAAUGUGGGCUUUGCUCGAUAAUGGAUUCGCCACAGUCAAUAGUAAGCGAGUGAACCUCACGCUCAUUAUUGAUGGGCUAGAUGGACUAGUUGGAGGAGACACGGCAGGCCUUGAGCUAUUUCGGCGAAUCCACCAAAGUGUCAAGAAACUGGAAAGUAUUCGCGCCAUAAUAUUCUCGCGUCCUAGUUCACACAUUGGCCAACUCGAUCAACCCGAUGUCAGACACGUCGUGAUCACCCCUGAACAAGUCCAUGAUGACAUACAACUCUAUUUGAAACUUGGUCUUUCCCAACACAAGGAAUAUACGUCUCAAAGUAUCCCAAAGCCAGAGGAACUCCUAGACGAAUUGGUGUCUCGGGCGAAAGAGUCCUUCCUCUUCGCAUACUUGUCGCUCCAGUUGCUAGCCACCGGUACCAGCUUAGACUCGUUCUCUAAGUUCAUUCAUGCCAUCAACCCAGAACUGAACAAUAAUCACGAAAGCCUCCUCAAAGAGCUCACCAACAAGAUCAACUUGAAAGACGAAAAUGCCAAUCGUCUCUUAACCUUCAUGAUAGUCACCGAGCGACCGUUCGAAAUAGGAGAAGUGGAAGAUUUGUUGAGUAUCGAUCUUUCAAAACGGACCAGUUCAUCAAAUGUUGAUGUACGCAGCAUGAUAUCUGCCACUGGGGGAUUACUCAUUGAGAAUCAAGGGGCCAUUUGCUUCAAGCACCCCAUCGUCCGAAGUUACAUCACCCAGCUUUGCGGCUCAUCACUCAUAUCUCUCAAAGAUGCCCACUGCUUGCUGACAAUGACACUUCUAUUACAUGCAAAAAUAGCUCUUAUGCAGACCUGUGGCCCAUCUAUUGACAUGGUAAAGAGAACGACCAUUGACCAAGUGUACAGGUCCUGUCCCCUGGUCAAAUUCACCGUGAAAUAUUGGGUCGCUCAUCUCCAACGGUCAUCAUUUACCAAUGCAAAGGGGGACCUAGAGCUAUCGGAGGACUUUAAAGGUAUCUUUCCAGAUUCUAUCCUUCUUGUUAUGCUGGAAUGGUCUAGCUGGCAGACUCAGCAUGCCGCUUCUGCUCUCGACCUACACAACUUGGCAUUGAAAGUACGCACCACUUGCUUUGGAGAAAAUAAUCGCACUGUGCUGCAGAACCUUAUAAUCAUCGGUACCAUCUAUCGGACGCAGUCGGAUGCGGCCAAAGCUGCGGACAUAUUCUAUCGUGCUUCAUCUGUCGGCCAGGCGGUUAUGUCCAAGUUCGACCCGCUGGUAAUUACCUGUACUUCGAUCUUCUUAACCUGUACCGAGGAAGUUACCUAUUCGGAGAGAACUACAAGUGCCAUCUAUCGCGAAGAGAUGCUUCACUUCUACAUUGAGGUUUGCAAGAGACAGUAUGGCGCUAACUCGGACCAAGUCAUUCGAUGGUACGAAGCACUAAUUAAGCUCUACCGUGAUAUAUGCGAAGAGCAUACGGCAGCUGUCAUUCUUGGAGAACUCCACGGGAUAAUCACCAUCCGUUUUGGGAGCGGCUCGGCUAAAGAACGAGAAAUAACUAGAAAGCUCAUUGGAAUACAGGUAGUGCUCAAAAGGGGAAAGACCCGAGGAUCCAAGAGUCAAGACGACGAGCUACUCUUCAAAAUUAGCGAAGACUUGGAGCUGACUGAUGAACGACGAAUCAAUAUCAUUCUUAACAUGGCUGAAACCUAUGAGUCGCAGGAGAAGUUCACAUAUGCUGAAAGACUUUACAUUGUUCUCUGGAGUCGCAUAUGCAAAGCUUGUCACCAAAAUGCUACCGUUGAGCUGCAAGUUGUUCAGCUUAAUAUUGCUCUCGAAUACAUCCACUUUCUAUGUCGUCGUAAACGCGAGAGUGAAGCGUGCAACAUAAUGGUUUGCAUCUGGGCUGAGUAUGAGCACUGUUUGUUUGCAUCAGAUAUCAUUGUUCAGCGCCUCAAGGAGCUCUCCAUUUUGUUCAAACAAUUCGGCUUGCUUGCAGUGUCCAUGUCUAUACUCAAGAAAGCCUGGGAAUGGUUUAAAGAGCACAAAAUGACUGAGUCGAAAGAAGCUUCCGAGACAUCCAUUACCAUUACCGAAGUUGUCGAGAAAAUAACAGAGACUACCACAGCUACCACUACUACGACGACAGAGGCGGAGACUGUAAUGCGGGAAAUCUAUAAGACCACCUACACAAGAGCGAGCUCAGACAAAGUGGAUCAUCUCUUUUUCAAAGCAUGUUUGGCUCUGGUUGGCCUUCAUAUGAGACAUGAAAACUGGUAUGAAGCAGAGCUUGUGUUACAGAAUUCCUUGGAACUGGUAUGGAAAGGAGUUCUUACAGUCGAUGAGAAGAUUACUCUAGAAGGCGACUUCAUAUCAGAAACCGUCUUGACUGCAACACGCCUAGCUCUCUUCUACCAUCGACAGAGGAAGUUCGAUAAAGCUGAACAAAUUUACCUUCGUGUAUGGAGGGCAUGCUUUAACUCACUCAAAGCCGAUCACGUCGUUCUUACCGAUGUGACUUCAGAGUUACUCUCCUUCUACAGGAAGUAUCAUCGUUACGGGGAGGUCAUCGAAAUACACAGGCAGCUUCUCGAGCGCUAUCGCAAGAAUUUGGGCGAUACUCACGAACUCACCAUUCAGACGCUGUACCAAUCAGCCUCCGUCUAUCAGCUCCUCGGACGUAAGGAGGCGUAUGAUUAUUACGCCGAGAUAAUAACAUUGUACACUCACGAUAGGUUUUGCCAUCGUAGUUACAACAUAGCGGGUAACCUGCUUAGAUUCUGCCGAGAAGAGAACCGAUGGACAGAUUUGAAAAAGCUCUGUGAAGUACUAUGGGAGACAGUCACCAAACAUCAUCAUGAAUUCAAAAUAUCGGAAGAAUUUAUUCAGCUGGUGUACGAGCAGUACCUUUACGUACUCGAAUUUUAUGAGAAAAUGGAAUUCUCAGUCCUCCGCAAGCGUACUGUUGAGUAUCUCGAAACGGUAAAGGCUGUUUUUGGCGUUUCGGUCGCCAUUUACCCCACAGCAUUGAUCGCUCUCGCGGAGGUGUGCGAGAAGAGUCAAGAACAUCAUAUGGAAUCCGUUGAAACAUACGAGAAAGUCAUAACAAAGACGGAGAAUAUCACAACAGUGACGGAGACUCAAGUUCGUACAAUUAAGAAACGUCUGUCUACGCUCUACGUUACUAUAGUUACCAGCGGCAAAAAUACCGAAACAUCGACUGUAGAGAGGGCCAUUGCGGUAUGUUCGGAAACUUACGAACAGUUCAAAAUUCAGUUUGGCUGGUGGCACGAGACGACCCUUCUGAAACUCAAGGAGCUGGUAUUAUUGUACAGCAAGCUCAAUAACGACAAUGCUCGUGCUACGAUAGUGAACUUAUUGCAAGAGAACAUCAUCAAGGUCCUUUCUACGGCUACAGUUGCAAUGGACCUUUACGAGGCUGCGAUAACCCUCGCCUCUAUCUACAAGGUCGUAAAGCUCGAACGGGAAGGCCACGAAUUGCUCCGACAACUACGUAUAUUGAUACUCUUCCCAGGCUUCGACAUCGCCGAACAGAAUAUUACCAUAAAACUCGACAUAAAGCCAACCAGGGUAACCCUAGUGUUCCUCAUUGCUCUCGAAGAGGGUCUCCACCAAGCAGACGGGAAACUUGGUCCCAAUCAUUUCUCCCAGCUUAUGGCCGAUCUAUUAUUGGAGACUCUGCUCUACGAACAAUAUGUCUCUGCAACCACUGGAAUGGGAGAAAAGACAAGCAUCGAGAUCAUACUGGGGCAUGGUGCUCGACUCCGUAGUCUCUGGGUUACCCUCGGCCGAGAGAGCUUUGUCACCGUACUUGACAAAAAGCUAUUCGCUGCCUUUAAGGAGCAGUAUGCCAAGAUACUAGACUCCUACAGUAACGACAGGAACGUAGUCUUCGAACUCUACAUAGCGCUACUUACGGAAAUUGGCGACAAAACUGCGACUGAACGCACCACGGUCGAUUUCGCCAUGGCUACUGUUAAGGCCAUCAAUGCGUUGGUGCGGAAGUUGAUGGCCGAACCCAAGGAGUACCCGCAUGCGCAUGCCGUUGCGAAAUGUGGCUUCGAUUUCGCCAGUUCGCAGGAUUUCUACCAGGACCCGAGUCGUGGAGUCUUUGGUUACAGACUCGCCGAGAUGCUUGCCGGGCACGGGGUUCCGAGUUGGGAGACGGCAGACAGUAAAAAGAAGGAAUCCAUGCUGGCUAUGAGCCGCAACGUAUUACAAACUGUAUUUGAUGCAUUCUGCAAAGCUGGCGUCGACGUUGUCAGCUUGCGCCGUGAGGACUUGUCGAGUCUUAUCAACUUGUUAGCAGACCAGAAGAAUUACAGCAUGUUAGAGACUCUUCUUGCUAAGCUAUGGCGUUCGCGCAAGUUUCAGCGCGACUGGUCGCCAGCCUUCAUCUUACACAUCGGACAGCUGCUCCUCGACGCGCGAGUUUUGGCUUCGCAUACCGAUAGCGCUAUUAAAUUAGCUAAGAAAUUAUACUAUAAUGUGCGGCAGUCACACGAUAGCGUUGAUCGGCAGGCGCUGAAUCUCGCCAAUAAGCUCUCAGUCUUACUCGCCCAAGCCGGCCUCACCCGCAAUACUGGACGUAUCCACAUCGAGGUGCUGCACGAUCUAAUUGAGCACAGCAUCGCGGCGGGAACCGACCCUAAGGAGAAGGAGCGCCUACAUGCCGCCGCAGACUUGCAUCUUGACGGUCUCCGCCGUUGCGGCUGGGCUCCACGGUCUUGGUAUAUCCGUACGGCGACGGAGCUGCACACCAAGCUCGGACGCAGAUACGGCGGCCUAACGGUGCCGCCGGUCGAGAAAUGGGGCGAUGCUAAAAAGGAGAAGGAGAAGGAGUUGAAGUAUCCGGGCCCGACGACGUGGAGCCUCGAUGUCGAAAAGGAGACUACUGGAAGGGAUUUGGUUUCUCCUGCUAAGGCGCGUUAGGAUUACUCCACGCGAGCUAUUCAAUAAGUCAUCACAUCACGUAAGGUGGUGAGGAUCCGAUAUAUGAAAAAAAAAAAAAAAAAAAAAAAGCAUGGGCUGUAUGAUUGAGCGGAAAAUCAGGUGAGGUUAAAAGAAAUACGUGCCUAGCGCAAGGCAUGGAAGUUAACGAUUUAUGAUAUAUUAUGUCUUUAUUAUGAGGUUCACUUGUUGCUCAAUUAUCUAUCGGCGGCUUUCUGGUUUGGCGUUAUUAGUCUGUAUCAAGUUUAAGAGAUGUCUUUUUAAUAGAUACCUAACCUGAGUUGUUCAUGUAACUGCCAUACCUUCUUAAUGCCCAAUGUCGAAAUACGGAUGUCUGGAGAUACUGCUUCCCCUUUAUAUCUUUACUUCUCUUACGUGGUAACUAAAGCUGCCUCGUACCACUCAUGUUUAUAAGCAAAAACAC